ACUGAUUAUAAUUCCAUCCACCAUUAAUAUAAUAUUUGAAAAAUCAAAAUAUCCAUAUUACAGGUUCUGCAAAAGACCGUCCCUGCCACUAGAUGUCGCACCACACCACCAGCACUUCCGGCCUCCCAUCAGCAACAGCCCCCCCUCCCCAUUGAAAACAGACAUUAAACAUACAAGAAGAAGAAUAAGUGAAUAAAGUUACACUGUACACACCAGAGCCAACAGAAAACAAUCCAGCCUCAGUCAUUAGCCAACGCUAGCAUCGUGAUAUGUUCCACUCCAAUGCUUGCAGAAAGCCAGCUAACGUUUGCCGGGAAAAAUCAGCUAACAGCAAGUUAGCUAACGUGAUCUCACUGAUGAAAAUGACAUGUAAUGAACUUCCGGAAGUUAGCUUUCACCCAUGUUUCACCUGAACGGUGCUUACUGCACCGUGUCGUCUCACACGUGGCUGCCGUGGUGUCUGGGUGCUUAUGGGUGGGGAGGACCAAAGGUUUAACACAGGCGUUGCAGGUACCUAAAUAAAGAACAGAAAAGCUCAGCUACAACAACACAGAGGCCUGACUUCGUUCUCUGCUCAGGACGCCAUUACUCCACAUAUUUUUACAUAGAAAUGAAUUAUUUUGCUAUAUUGUUUAAAAUCUUGCUUAGAUAACCUUACAGAAAGACAUGUAGGAAAAAUAAAGCUAUCUAAGUAUGCUACUGAAGAUUAAUUGUUUGUACACAUCUCUAAAUGUUGACAAAUGUAAGGGGCUCAAUAUAAUUUACAAAGUCAGUGGUGGGCAGGCUAAUUCAACAGAUGGGUGAGUUUUGUAAGGUCUGGCAACUUAAACCUGACUCUUCAUGUCACCAGUGCUGAUAGUCUCUAAACCUUACUAAUAGUCUUUAGUUUUUAGCAACAGGUUAUGUGUAUUUAUAUGGCCAGGUACCAUACAGUUUACAAGUGUGAUCUAAUUUGUUCCUUUUAUUCUGUCCUUUUAUUUAAGAAAUGGAAAGUGGAGAGAUCUGUGAAUGUAAAACAGGCUUCUCUCACUCCAUGCCAGGGCCUUCAGUUAAGUCUGUUGCAGAUAGUUUCUGUUGUGGAGACUGGAGGUGAGCCAGGACCCCUGUGGAAAUGUUAUUUUAACUUGAGUGGUUUCAUCCUGUGUCAUUUUUAUGCUUUCUUUGUGUUCAACGUUAUUUAUAGUUUGUUUUGUUGUGUUGUGCCUGCAUCUUCAGGUCCCACGUUGAGUUUAAUCUUAAUAUUGGCACAAAUGUGUGGAAUGUUUUCAUGACGGCAUCAAACCAACCAGUGUUUACCAAAUGACACGGAUCAUUAGUUAUGCUACGGUUUCCUCAAGCAUCGUGUCCUGUUUGCACAAAAUAGAAACUGCCGACUGUCUGCAGGGCCUUAUCUCCUCGCUGACAGGCGCUUCAGUGAGCGCAGCAGAGCGUAGCGCCUCUUGCGCCCCCCGCAGUCUCUCCCCGGUACAACAGUUGACUGUGAAAACAUCCUGCCUCUCUCCAAUCGCUGUUGAGCUGCUGCUGCGGCGGCGGCGGCGUGCCUCCGACACAACGGCGUCCCGUCUCUUGCGGGUGACUGACAGACUGCUCGGUGGGAACGUUAUGGAUGAACGGACCCUGAGCGAAGCAGCGCGCCGCAUUCCUCAAAUGGCGGAGUGAGCGAGGAUGCGACUCCCCAGUUCCAUCUUUGUGUCGGUGUCUCUGUUCACGGCCGAGACCACGGCAGCGCUUUACCUCAGCUCAACGUACCGGUCCGCCGGAGACCAGAUUUGGCAGGGGCUCACGCUCCUCUUCACGCUCGUACCGUCCGUGCUCGUGCAGCUGACCCUCACCUUCAUCCACCGGGACCUGAGCAGGGACAGACCGCUCAUUCUGCUGCUGCAUAUCCUGCAGCUUGGACCCAUCGUCAGGUGUCUGGAGGCGUUCUGUAUCUAUGGCAGUGUGGGCCGAGUGGAGGAGCCUUAUGUCAGCAUCACCAGGAAGAAGCAGAUGCCCCGCGGGGGUCAGUCUGAGGAGGUGGAGCGGCAGGUGGGGCAGGCGGAGGGGAAACUGUUUACACACCGAGCAGCCUUCGCCCGCACCUCUGUCAUUCAGGCCUUCCUGGGAUCGGCCCCCCAGCUCACCCUGCAGCUCUACAUCUGCGUCCUUCAGCAGGGGAUGUCCAUCGGUAGAGGCACCCUGAUGGUGAUCUCCCUCCUUUCCAUUGUGUAUGGAGCACUGCGCUGCAACAUCCUGGCCAUUAAGAUCAAAUAUGACGACUAUGAAGUGGACGUCCGGCCCAUGGCUUAUCUGUGCAUUUUCCUGUGGAGGAGCUUUGAGAUUGCCACCCGUGUGGUGGUCCUGGUUCUGUUCAGCUCAGUGUUGCAGCUCUGGGUCCUGCCCGUGGUUCUGCUGAACUUCCUUGUUUUCUUCCUCUAUCCCUGGAUCCUGUUCUGGCAGAGCCACUCACCAUUCCCUGAGAAUAUAGAAAAAACUCUGACCCGGGUGGGGACCACCAUCGUGCUUUGCCUGCUCACCUUCCUCUACGCCGGCAUCAACAUGUUCUGCUGGUCAGCCGUGCAGGUGAAACUCAAUGACCCGGACCUCAUCAAUAAGUCCCAGAACUGGUAUCGCAUGGCCGUGUACUACAUGUUGCGCUUUGUGGAGAACGCCUCACUGCUUCUGCUGUGGUACAUCUAUAAAACUGACUUCUACAAUUUCAUCUGUGCGCCGCUGCUGGUGCUACAGCUCCUGGUAGCCUAUGCCAUCGCCAUCUUCUUCAUGCUGGUCUUCUACCAGUUCUGUCAUCCAUGUCGGAGGCUCUUCUCCUCCAGCAUGACCCAGGGCCUCUGGAACUGCUCCUCUCUUCUCUGCCUGAUGUGCAACUCUGCUUCUCCGCAGAACAGGCCAAUAGGAAAGGCCGUCCUGGAGCCACCGAGCCCCACGGAGCCAGCGAAUGACAGAGCCCGUGACACAGCCAGUGACACCACGGACGACAUGCCAAAUGACACAAGUUAUGACAUGCUCAACGACACAAUCUAUGACAUUCCUAAUGAAAUGGGCAAUAAUAUAGAAGGUGGAAUCAAUGGCGACGUUAGCCUGAGUGUAUCCUGCAAUGCUUAACGCAUCACAGUUGUUUGAUGUGCCAUUCAGAGGAGCGACUGUCACAGUUAUCACACCCUCUGUAACCUUUUAAGUGCCACAUGGAUCCCUCUGUGAGUUGAGUUUACAUAUUAAAAACCUGUGAUCUUCAUCUCGCACGGUAUAUCUCAACUCUGUCGCCUGCUCCUCCCACAUGAAGCGAAUGUGUCCUUAACUCGAGAUCUGUCCCGGCUGCAAACAUGCACAGCGUUCACUCGUGUUAACCAGCGUGCAGAAACACAGCAGAGGUGGUGCUCACCCAUCUCACCAGCCAACACCUUAACCCGUCAUCCUGCAGCCUUUAAUACAAAUAAAAGCCCACGCCAUGGACACCGCCAUUUUUU